AAUUAUUGCAAAGUCCGCAGCAAUUACAUGCUAAAAUACAGCGACUCCAAUUCCGUUGUUUACGCUUUAACUUCCUCAAUCAAUACUUCACUUUUUGGAGGUUUCCUCUGACACCAUUGACUCGAGAAGAAGAACAUUUGCUCCCCCAUUCACUUUUACUCCCAAUUUCUAUACUUCUACAGUUCUCUCUCUAAAGCGAGUCAGUGAGUCAAUCAAAGACGCAACAAAGUCAGAAAAUGGUUAGAGCAGCUAGCUAAAGCCAAAGCCAACGCUGAAGCUAGGUGAAGAAAAAGCGAAGUAGAAAGCAAGAAUGAUGGAGUGGCAGCAGCAGCAGCAGCAGCAGCAGCAGAUUCAGAAUCAACAGCAAAUAAUCCACCAUUUGCAAAACCCAGAAGAUGGGAUUGGAAAUGGGAAUGGAGGGUUGUACGUGAAGGUGAUGACGGACGAGCAAAUGGAGCUGCUGAGGCGACAGAUCGCUGUCUACGCCACCAUUUGUGAGCAGCUUGUUGAGAUGCACAAGGCCGUCACUGCUCAACAGGAUCUUACUGGAAUGAGACUGGGGAAUUUUUAUUGUGAUCCAUUCAUGGCAUCUGGUGGCCAUAAGAUAACUGCAAGGCAGCGCUGGACCCCAACACCUGUGCAACUUCAAAUGCUUGAGCGGAUUUUCGAGGAAGGCACUGGAACUCCAUGCAAGCAGAAGAUCAAAGAGAUAACCAUGGAACUCACACAACAUGGCCAGAUAUCUGAAACAAAUGUCUACAACUGGUUCCAGAACAGGAGAGCUCGUUCAAAAAGAAAGCAAUCUGUGCCAGCACAAAACAAUGGAGAAUCAGAAGCAGAGCCAGAAGUUGAAUCUCCCAGGGAUGAAAAGACAAAACCAGAGGACAUCAUGUCCCUUGACAAUUCUGCACCGAGGGCGGAAAAUAUGUACCUUCAAAGUCCCGAGUUAGGAUUUGGAAAUUUUGAUUGGUAAUAUGGACGUUCCACUGAUCUAAAGGCAUUACCAUCGGGUUGAAGAUUUGAAGUAGUUGGAUGAUGCUGUUAAUUUUCCCUAUUUUUGUGCUUGAAUAUAAUCGUAUCAUGUUGAGUUUAAUGGACAGUAUUUUAUAGUAGAGAAGGCUUUUGUGGAUGAAACAUAUGAAACACACGUUACUUAGCAAACAUUUACAUGUAUACAUAAAAAAGUUAUAUUUUUGCUAA